CAAGAAAAGGCGGGAUAACCUGGAAAUUCAAAUCAAAACAUAAACAAAAUGCAGAAGAGUGAAACUAGUGUGAUAGACCAACUAAUUAGGAAAUUAGGGCUGCAUGGCGAAGAAAAGCUUAAAGAGAAAACGACCGAAUUAUUGCGACUACUUGAGCUCAAAUCCUCCAGAACUGGCUCCGCAAUAAAUGAAUAUGCUAAGACUGUUAUCUGCAUUGAACUCGCUACUACCCCUUUGGGGAUCACAUUCGAUUCGGAAAUCGGACUGAAAUUGUCCGGUCUCCGGAAAACCGCCUACGAAAACUACAAAAGAACAUUUGAGAAAAUCCUGGAGCUCAACAAACCCGUCGGAAUCAAUGAGAUCUGCGUUCAGCUAGGUCUACAUGAAUACCAGAAGAAGGCCACCCAAUUCCUCGAAAUCUAUAAAAAGCACCUGGAAGGCAGUACAGAUGAAGUCGACAUCACUCAUCCUCAGUACGCCGCGAUGGCUGUGUACCAAGCCUGCAAGACGGGCAAAGGGAGCAAAACCGUAAAGCCGAAAUUGGUAACAUACAGCCACUUGAAGUCGGCGCAGUGGACCAAACUGGAACAGAAAUGGGAUAACUUGCUCAAGGAUCAUAUGAACACUGGGGCUAAGCCCAAGAAGAAAAUUGAGGCUAAUGAACAGGAAGUCCAAAAUAAAGAGAAUAAAACGCUGAACUCGUCUGAAAAACCGAAGUCUUUGGAUGAGGUCGGCGACUAUGAAUCCUGGAAGCAGGGAAUGUUGGAUUACGCCUAUGCGAAGUUAAAGAAGCAAGCGCUUGCGCAAGCGAAGUAGUGUACAAAUAAGAUGUAGGGGAGGAGAUUUUUAUUGUAAACAUCACUUUUAGUUCUUAAUAAAUUAUUUGUGUAUU